GGCGGGCCGGGCCGGCGGCGGCGGACAGAGCCUUCCUCUGCGCGAGCUCAGCGAGCCUCGCCGCGGAUGCCCUGCUCGGAGUGCUCCGUGCCGCGCCAGGCUUGCCCGGGUCCGCGGCGAGACAUGCCCGAGCCAGGCGCUGCACCGACCUCGACUUAUCUGUAAGCAGCGGAAGGAAUCAUGGUCAGUAAGGACACCGGCAGAUGCGUCCUCACGUCGUCAGAAAGGGACGUGGACCCCGCCGCCUGCCUGGCCCUGGAGAUGAAAUACGCGCUGGAUCCCAACCGGCAGAUUAAGAAACGGAAUAAAGCCUUGCAGGUGCGGUUUAAGGACAUCUGCGAGGCGCAGAACGAGCAGAGGGACACGCAGCUCUCCGCGGGCCCGGCGGCCGAGAAGCGGGAGCCCAAGGCGGCGUCCUGCAGAGCCUACCGCAAGUACAUGACAGUGCCCGCGCGGAGGUCCAUCCCCAACGUCACCAAGAGCACAGGCGUGCAGACCUCGCCAGACCUGAAGAAGUGUUACCAGACGUUCCCGCUGGACCGCAAAAAAGGGACCCUCAAAAGCAUCCCAGCUGCGGACGCCUUUAAAAGUCAAAACAAUGGGUUUGUAGUAGAUUCCAAAGAGAAGCGGGAGGAAGAGCCCCAGGAGGAGGCCCGGCCGUGGGCGGCGGGCCGGGUUCAGAAGACCACGGCCUUGGUUUUCCACUCCCACGAGCACAUGAACGCGCUGGAGCAGCCCGCCGGGGCCAACUGCGCGGAGCCGUGCGAAACCGCGGGGGUGCGCAGCUGCGGGGACGCGCCUCCCCACAACUCCAGCCGGCCUCCCUCGCAGGGGUCGGAGUACCAGCCGCCCGGGAGAGCCAGACAGGACAGGCCCGCAACACCUGACGCUGAGGCACCCGCUCCUUCCGCGCCCGGCACGGUGUUUAAAACGGAGGUGGCCGCUGUUUAUGCACCUGCCCCCGGGGCGAAGGCCCCCGAACCCGCCUUGUCAAACUCUGCCGCCGCCAGCGAGCGGUCGCUGUGCCCCGCGGCCGACGAGGAGCGGGGCAGGGCUGCCCACAUCAACGGGCUCCAGGCACCCCCCGUGCAGUGCCUGUCCCCCGAAUGUAGUGACCAGCCCCUGCAGACUCAAGCCCCGCUGGGGCGGGAGAACCAGCCCUGUCCGACAGAGGUCGCUCUGGGUGAAGAAUGCCACACAAUCGUGCCUCACACGGAAGUGUUGGACCUGAAAGCACAGCUUCAGAUGAUGGAGAACUUGAUCAGCUCAAGCCAAGAAACCAUCAAAGUGCUACUGGGGGUCAUUCAGGAGUUGGAGAAAGGAGAGGCCCACCGGGAAGGGCUUUCAUAUCGGACUGGGCAAGACACAGCUAAUUGUGACACAUGCAGGAACAGUGCAUGUAUUAUCUAUAGUGUGGAGCUAGAUUUUAAGCAGCAAGAAGACAAACUCCAGCCAGUUCUGAGGAAUCUCCAUCCCUUUGAGGAAACUCAGGUUGCACCGUCGCCUUACUCUCAGGAGACUUACUCCUCAACUCCCAAGCAAAAAUCCAAAACUGAAUCUAAAAAGCAUGGAAGAUGGAAACUCUGGUUCCUUUAAAAAGUCACAGUGUUUGGACUCUAAAGGCCGUCUUUAAAACCCACUGCAGUUGAGGAAAUACUUUUCCAAAAUGAAUAGGGUCGAGGGAACUGUGGCUGACUCUGUGUCACCGAGUUCUCACCCUGCUUACCAAAAAGGCCUUUGUACUAACAACUAAUUAGGAGAAGCAAGGUAUUCAGUGUCACAACUUGCCGGCUGUUCUUUGCAGUUUGCGGAUGUGGGAUGUAAAGUAAAACCUGAAAUGAAACUGAUGUAGUCAAAGACAACCAGUAAAAACUCUAUCCCACCCAGAUCGGCAAGUGUUAUGUUAUCGACCUGCAGAAUGGCAGGCUGUUACUCUGUACACAGCUAAAACUCAUAAUUCUUUUCCAGACUUUAUGUUUUGGGGAUUUUUUUAAUAAUGAGAAGAAACAGCAAGCCUUAUGUUUGCAAAGGACUUCAUUUUUACGUUUCACUUUUCAAAUAAGCAGGGGGUGAGUGCAAUUUUCAGCACAUGAAAUUCUGGAGAAAGCACAAUUUUUUCAAGUGGUCAGAGACCAUGAUUAAUCUCUAAAAUGUGACUAUCUGUAUAUUUGCCUUCAUGUGCUGUAGCGCUAAGCCAAGUGACCACAUCUCAGUGUCACACUGACACCUCAAAGUUAGCAUUCUCCACAUUUCCAGACACGCGACAUGUUUACUGCUCAUUUUUCCGGCCAGCAACCAGGAGUCCCCCAAAGUCAGGACAUGCCUUUAAUCAGUGCAAGUGGACAGGGUCCAAGCUAUUGGACACUAAGCUUUCUUAGAUCUCAUUUGUAAUCUUUUGGUACCCAAAGGCCAAAUGAUAAAUGCUGGCAGGAAUGUGAAAACACACUUAGAGAUACACAAUAGAUGACAGAGUCACCAUAAAUCACAGGCAUACUCUGCCACCGGAAAGUGUUUCUGUGGAUCAAUCUCUGAGACACCGCGGAUCACCAGAAGCGCAGGCAGAUGUUUUAUACAGUUCGGUAUGCCUUGUAACAACGUUGGGAGACCCGACCAUCUCAAGGAGAAACAGUGUGUGUAGUUUAGCUGCUACCAUCAGACAAACUUAAUAUCACCUACAUUUAACCUGUUAGUAAGUGGUACUAAAUGAAAUACCUAGGGGAAAGCUGUGAAUCAAAUGUUUUUAGGUAUUUUUUAAACAAACAGUGAUACUUAGAGUUCUCUUUUGAUGACACAUUGCAAUAUAAAUCUUAGUUCCUUUAUUUUUUCACUCAUUCCUUUGCAAGUAUCUUUUUAUAGAAAUCAAAAGCCCCUCGUCUAUUGAUGACUUUGUGUAUCCAUUUGUGCUUUUCACACUAGGAAGCAGGGAUCUUAUUUUGCCUUUUAUGGCAUAACUUAAAUUUUGAAUAGUUUGUGAAUAUACAAGAAAACCUAGUCUUCAAGUUUCUGUCCAACAGUUUCAUAUCUAACCUAGUGCGGACGUGCACACCUCAUCGACUAGACGCCAAAAAUAAAGUGGCCCCCUGAAUAGAAGGAUCUCUACCUGCAGUUUUCAGACUGGAGCUAUUUGUUGCUGUGCAUUUUCCUCCUGACUCAACAGCAAAUCUACUUUAGUUCUAAGUGGUUUGAUUCGACAAGGACCUAGUGAUCCGCAAUCAGACAUGAACUUGAAAUAAAUGCAAAGAGCGUAUCGUGUGAACAUUCUUUGGGGGUUACUCCAGCUACACCGCAGAUGUAUGCUUUAAUUCAAAGAAAAAUACACAUCUUUUGUGGAAACACUAGAUGAGGAUACAAAUCCUGGAAAAUCAGUAAACAGAACCGAGAAAUAUUUUUGUGCAAAAGAAGGAUGAACACGUCGAUUCUGUACCAAGAUGGAAGUGCAAUUGUUUCCUGUAGACAGAAAAUUUAAAAUCUGUGUUUCAUGUAUUUUAUACUGUUUUUUAACUAACGUUAUAAAAAUGUUUGCAACAAGUUAUCUCUCCUUGUGUUUUAAGAAUUCCAACUAUCUCAGUGAAUUGAAAUAAGGGUAUUAGCAGCUUUUUAAUCAGUACUAUAAAUCUGUCAACAGGACAUCCUAGUAAACAAAAUAAUGUCACUGUUUGAAAGCAGUCUAGACCAAAAAAAAGGAAAAAAAAAGAAAAAAAAAGAAAAAAAUUUCAGAGUCGAAAAGGAGACUGAAGAUACACUAAUUACUAUAUAAAAAUAAUAGUGUCUUCAGAAUAGGAAAAACUAUUUCCAAAAUCAUUUCAUAGUUUAAUUGCAGUGUGUCACUAACAGAUGAUCCUUCUCUUAGAAAGAUUUAAGUCAAAACUUUGACACAAAACCAAGGUAAAAAGUACAGUGUUCCCUCAUAUGUAGAUGUAC